AAGACAUGAGUUUGACCCGUUCACAUUCCUGCUCAGCAGUCCAAAGAUAAUUCGUUAAAUCAAAGCGCUAGUAACCGUUUGCCCAUGCUUUGGAAUCGGCGAUUUUUCCAAAGCUACUCGUCUGGUUUUUUGUUUACGUUACGAGUCUUGUGGGGAUUGAAGUUGGCUUCAAAGUUCAUCAAUGGGUUCUGCUGGUGCUCUGAAUAUGGCGUCGUCUUCCAUUACUGUAAUCAGCUCAACUUGUUCGUCAAAAUCAAAGCUCAAUGACAAAUUCACCUGCGGGUUUCAUAAAUUCAAUCCCAUCACCAAAAUCUGUGCCGUAUCUCCAAACGGUUCCGUUUCUGGUUCUGCUUCUGCUUCACGCGGGGCUGAGUGCUCAGCUGGAGACGUGCAUAAACAAAGAAGUAGUCUUGAAUCUUUUUUUUGUUAUGAUAAGGCUAUUCCGGAGGAGAUUAUUGAGAAGCCCAUAGGGAUAUCUUUGGUGGAAAAAUUCAUUGGAAACAAUCCCCGAUGCAUAGAUUGUGAAGCAAAAGGCGCUGUCCUCUGCACAACUUGCUCUGGUUCAGGCCUCUAUGUUGAUUCAAUAUUGGAGAGCCAGGGCAUUAUUGUCAAAGUCCGCUGCCUAGGUUGUGGGGGAACUGGUAACAUUAUGUGUUCAGAGUGUGGUGGCCGCGGUCAUUGUGGAUGACUGUACUGGUUUGCUUAUCUUCCUCCUUUUGUUGCAUAUGCAAGUUACAUGUAUCAUACUCAUAUAUCAGAUUAUUACUCUUUUUGGUUCCAUAGUGGCAAUUCUAUGAAAAAUUUGGAUCGAAGUUCCACAGUAAUGUAUUUCAUUCUUUUCCAUUUGGCAGUACUUUUAUGAAAUCUUUGUCUUCAUAUGCUUUUGAUAA